AGUCAGGAUUCAGGAGGUACGUAAAUGGCCUACACCAGGGGUGUCAAACUGGCGGCCCUCCAGCUGUUGCGAAACUACAAGUCCCAUCAUGCCUCUGCCUUUGGGAGCCAUGCUUGUAACUGUCAAUCUUGCAAUGCCUCAUGGGACUUGUAGUUUGGCAACAGCUGGAGGGCCGCCAGUUUGACACCCCUGUUGGUGAACUACAAGUCCCAUCAUGCCUCUGCCUUUGGGAGUCAUGCUUGCAACUGUCAGUUUUGCAAUGCCUCAUGGGACUUGUAGUUCUACAACAGCUGGUGGGCCACGGUUGCCCACCACUGCCUUAAUCCAUUCUAUUGGCC